AUGAGACUUUCGAUUCAGUUUAUUCUUGUACUUCUAUUGUUCACCGCCGGUUCGUUACAGCUUUUAUUCCCUAAUGCAUGUCUAUUUAUUCCCUUGCAGAAGCCGCUUGUCUGACGAUGCUCGGACUGACUCGUGGUUCUCGGGGCAGCACGGAGGAAAAAAUGUAUUUUCCGGCAGAAGACAAUCUCCCUCCACCGCUGAGCGGUCCAGAGCCGGAAUUGGACAAAACAUACGUGAGACGCAUCGGAUCGGUUGCCGGACGCGAAGUUGGUUACUAUCUGGCCGAUCAGAAACCAAGUUGUUUCACAUUUUCAGAUAAUUCCACGCGCUUGGGAAGAGAAUGAAGAAGAUCGUAAACGGAUUCGCUUGGAUGCCGACGGAAUGCCAGUGAGACCGCAGCCGGUUGUGAGCAGAAUGCUGGGAAGACCUGGAGGACUCUAG